CAGUGUAGUCCAAGUGACAGCUCGGUCGUCCAGAGUUUUGUUGUUCUUUUUCCCGAGGUUGGUCUCUCUCUUCGUUUUCUCACCAAAGGGAGAAAAGAGUCAGCCAGCGAGCAGAGCAAAAGUCAUUGGAAUUUUCGGGUGGUGUUGGGCGUCGUGUGUUCGUGUUGAGAAAGGCCAGUUUUCGUGGUGAAAAGUGCGUUUUUUCGAACUCGGGAACGCGUUUCGAGCAGUGGGCAAAGUGCCGCAAGUGAUUUGUGUCGAGUGCGCGUUCCGGGAGCAAGAUUUUGGGUGGAUCAACCUGCUCGGAGAAGGGCGCUUCCUGGUGUCGCGGCCGGAAUUGACGGAUGCCACGGAUUUCAUACAUACAAGCGCAAGAAGAAGAAGAAAAAAUAAUUUCGUACAGUGUGAGAAGAGUGUUCGCUGCAGCGAACAGGUCCGGAUUCCGGAGUGUCUCCUCCUGGAUUUGCCGCUGUGAGAAGAAUCGCAUAUCUCGAGGUGGUUCCAGAGCGAUUAACCGGUUGGAUUAACCGGAAGCAGAAGUGAGAGGAUGUAAUCGAUAGUGUGUAGUUCAAAAAUUAAAAAAAAGAAGUUUCCUUAGCUGAGGAAAGUGUGUCUCUUGUGAGUGUCUUGUGGAAAGUUGCGUGAAAAGCAACGAAGGCAAAAAAAAAGUUGCAGGAAAACACAGAGAUUGUGCCACACGAUUGGCGCUUUUCCUCCUGAUUAUUAUUUAUUUUUUGCGCUUUCGACGCACGACGACGGAGGAGAAAGUGAGUCGAGUUUUGCGGAAGUGAUUGCUCGAAGACACGGCGGCCCCGGUAGCGCUGGUCAACCUGGCGGGUCGAUCGAUGCUCGAUUAGGCCGGCCGCCUGGACGUGGAGCGGGGGGUUUUUCGCGCGUGGUUGUGUGAAGAAACUGCAGCCUCUGGUGCUGAAGUAGCAGAAGGCGGAGGAAGAAGAGAGGGCAAACCAGCGGGGCCAGCAUGGCCGAGGAGGAGCUGAUGGUCGUGCUGCGGAAGAGCGAGGACGCCACCUUUGGCUUUUCGCUGCUGCGGACCGAGGUCUUCCCCCACGUCAUCUACGACAUCGUCGAGAACUCGCCGGCGGCCGAGUGCGGAGAGGUCGAAGCCGGUGACGUAAUCGUGAAAGUUAAUGGAACCGACGUGCACGGAUUUACCACGAAAGACGUGCUAAAAUGCCUCCGGCUCUCGACGGAUCCAGUUACGCUAGAGCUCAAAAGAGAUCCCAAAAUCAAAGCCCACGUCCGGAAGUACCUGCAGUCGAUCAGUAACCAGCACCCGCACGCCGACCAUCACCACCACCACCAGCACCAACAGCAGCAGCUCAACUCGAACCCCUCGUCGCCAAUCCACCACCGCCACUCGCCGGCCUCGCCCCUCUCGGAGCGUGGCCCCAGCCGGAUCCAAUCCCCGGCGCUCACCGGCGGCAGCAACGCCGCCCGUUACGGCCACCGGAUCAGCUCGUCGGAUCCCUCCUGUCGACCGUCGCGCAUUCCCCAGGCCGUCCAGUCCUCCGCCAAGAACAACGCCUCGUGGAGUGCGCCCCAGUCGCCGCACGGCCUCAAACCGCCCCGACCUUCGCUCAUUCCGACCGCGAACGGAACGUCGCCGGUGCCGCAGCAGCAGAAUAGCUACCACAGCAGUAACCAUCAGGCGGUGGGAUCGCCCUUUGGGACGCCGCAGCAGGUGCCGAAGAAGGGCUUCGAGGCGUUCAUGAUGACGGGGGAUCUGAUACUGAACCUGUCGCGGACGCCGCAAAGUUCGGGGAUUUUGCCGCAGGCGAAGAAGAUUGACAGUCUGCGGGACUCGCCGAGCCAUAGGGCGAGUACGAAGCGGAAAAACGGCGCGGUGGCGCCGCAUGCCAAGUGCGAGUCUUCGUCGCCGUCGUCGCCGAGCAGUCAGAGCAGUAAUAGCUACUCGGAACAGCCGCCGACGAACGGCGGGGGUGGAGUGGUGAAGGAGGGGAAGAAGAGUCGUAGUCAGGAGGUUCGGGGGGAGGAUCAGAACGAUGGCCAGAACACGGGCAGUUCGAUCGAGUCGAUCGUCAACAGCAGCAGCAAGAAGUUGAGCGGCGGAACUAGCAAUGGCAACAGCAACAAUCACAACAACAACAGGGUGCUGGAGGAUGGGGGCGGCGGCGGCGGCAGUGGGGACAGUCGGAAUCGGUUGCUCAAGUCACGGGGCAGCAGCUACGAGGGUGGCGGAAGCAGUCUGGACGUGGCGGACGAGGAGGACGAUGACGACGGUGAGGGAGAUGACGAGGAGGACGACGACAACGUGGACGAUCUGAUCGACCUGCGGAGCGCCCGGACAAACACUAGUGGCUGUGUGUCGUCUGCGCUGCUCGGCGAACGGAAUUCCGCCAGGCGGGACGUUCGACCGGGCCGCGACGGCAGUAAUAAUAGUGUAGUGAACCCGCAAGAUCCGGGCAGUGAUAGCGUAGACAGUAGCAGUGCCGCCGCCACCAACGGUGACCUCCGCCGGUUGCACGGCCCCGCCACCAACCCCAAGGAACGCAGCAAAUCUUCCUCGUCAGCCGCGUCCGCCUCCGGCGGAACCGUCAAAUCCGAAAGCUCCCCCGAAAUGAGCUACUCCGUGCCAACAUCGCCAACCUCCCUGUCGGCGGCCCCCAUCCUCGAAGGGUACUCGUCCUCCCUCAAGCGCAAGGAGCUCGCCCUCGCCAACUCGGUGCCCACAAGUCCGGAAUCCGGCGCCCAGGAGCUCAUCCGACGCACCGGAAACCUCCAGCAUCAUCACCACCACCACCACCACCACCAUCAUCAUCACAGCAGCAGCAACAACCAGCCCCAGUCGUCGUCGAAAACCGGCGGAGGCCAAAGUUCCAGUCUCAUGAGUGCCAGUGCCAACAGCAGCAACGCAGCCGCCGUUAUGUCGAAGAACGUCGUGCGGAAGUGUGAUGCGGCCGGGUUUCGGACGAGCCGGUCCGAGGACCACCUGCAGCAGACGCAGCGGGACGGUGGGAUUGGGGCGGCGGUCGUGCCGAUCGAUAUCGACGAGGACGUGAACAGCUCGCUGAACACGCUGCUCGAUACGCGGCACGACUCGGAGGAGUCGCAGAGUUCCGACCACGACCGGAUAGUGUGGACGUACAACGCGCCCGUCUCCCAAGCCAACGGUGGUGGCGCCACCAACGCCGUGGGCGCCACCGCCUCCGGCAUGAUCACCUCGCCCAUGUCGCCGCCCCACUCCAGCUCGAUGAGCUCGUCGCCGCAGCGCUCCGUCAGCGACAGCCCCGCCUCGCCCACGUCGGUGUCCUCCUCGGUGAUGUCCUCGUCGGGCGGGUCCAAAGGUGCCAACGAUCACACCCACAACGGGUACAGCAACAACUUUAGCGAGGGCCGCGGUGGCUGCCCCGGUUCCGGCACGCACAGCAAUCUGGCCAGUUUGAGUUGUGGCGGGGGAGGGGGUGGUGGAGGUGGGAAUGGGGGAUGUCCCGGGGGUGGCGGAGGGGGACUUGGGGGUGGGAUGGACCAGAGCGUGUCGGAGGCCGUGUCGAACAUUUCCAGCCCGGACUACCAGGACGAGCAUGACCUGCUGAGUACGCGCGAUUUGGCCGCGAUGGCCAUCAGCGAUCCGAGCGAUUCCGACUCGACGAUACUGGUUUCGGAGACAACGCAUCGAGUGCACGACCGCGAUCGUGACCGUGAUCAUAAGAUUGUGAUACAGGUUAAGGGAAGGGAGCUGCAGCUUCAGCAGCAACAGCAGCAGAACUACAACUACAAUCAGCAACUGCAGGAAGGUGUGCGCUAUUCCGAACUCAAAGACUCGGAAGACGAACUGGCCACACUGACCGAGGACAUGCCGACGGCGAUGAUGUACGGCCAGGACCUGCACGGGGGUGGCCCCCGGGAGUCCUCGCCGCCCGUCUCGGACGACGGCAGCGACGUCGAUUCGCUUCACUCAUUCCACUACUCGCCAAAGGCAGUUGAUCUGCCGUCCGCGGAGCGGCUCGCCAAGCGGCUCUACUACCUGGAGGGCUUCAAGAAGAGCGACGUGUCGCGACAUCUUAGCAAAAACAACGACUUCAGCCGGGCCGUCGCCGACGAGUAUCUCAAGUUCUUCCUGUUUGAGCGGUUAACGCUGGACGAGGCGUUGCGGCUCUUCCUGAAGCAGUUCUCGCUGUCCGGUGAGACGCAGGAGCGCGAGCGGGUGCUGGUGCACUUUUCCAAGCGCUUCCUGGACUGCAACCCGGGCUCGUUCAACUCGCAGGACGCCGUCCACACGCUAACGUGCGCCAUCAUGCUGCUCAACACGGACCUGCAUGGGCAGAACAUCGGCCGCAAGAUGACCUGCUCGGAGUUUAUCGACAACCUGAGCGAGCUGAACGACGGGGAGAACUUCCCGAAGGACAUCCUGAAGCAGCUGUACCAGGCGAUCAAGACGCAGCCGCUCGAGUGGGCACUUGACGACGACUCGCCCGACCAGCAGAAGCUCGGCGCCGGCGGCAACGGGCGCAACGAUGCCAUGAACGCGGGCGGCGUCGGCGGCGGAACCGGUGGCAGCCUCCAAGGGCCACCCGUCGGCCCGAACCCGUUCCUAGAUCCGCCCCAGCCGGCGGCGAUCGAGUACAAGAAGGGCUACGUGAUGCGCAAGUGCUGCUACGAGACGAACUACAAGAAGAGUUGUUGUUCCGCGUUUCUCGUUGCAGCGCCGUUCGGCAAGCGCUCGUGGAAGAUGUUCUACUGCACGCUGCGGGAUCUCGUGCUCUACCUGCACAAGGACGAGCACGGCUUCCGGAAGAACCAGAUGUCGGACAAUGUGCACAACGCGAUCCGGAUUCAUCACGCGCUCGCGACCAAGGCCAGCGAUUACACCAAAAAGCAGCACGUGUUCCGGCUGCAGACGGCGGACCAGAGCGAGUACCUGUUCCAGACGAGCGAUUCGAAGGAGCUGCAGUCGUGGAUCGACACGAUCAACUUUGUGUGCGCGUCGUUUUCGGCGCCCCCGCUCGAGGGUGGCGUCGGCAGCCAGAAGCGCUUCCAGCGGCCGCUGCUGCCCUGCACGCACACCAAGCUGCUGCUGCGCGAACAGCUCGCCUCGCACGAGGACCAGGUUAACAAGCUGGACAACCUGCUCGCCGACCACAAGCGGUCCACCAUUCCGACCAAGGGCCUGGCGCUGCAAAACUACAAAGAAAAAGAGGCUUAUCUGCAGUACGAGCUAAAACGCUACAAGACGUACUACUACCUGCUGAGCUCGCGCAUGAACUCGGACCAGGCGCUCGACUUUGAGAACCUGCUGACGAUGGGCGUUGGCGGCGACCCCGGAGCCGGCCUGGACCUGGGCGCCGGUCUGCUGAUGGAGCAGGACGAGAUUCUGGCCCGGAAUCGACAAAAUUCCUCCCCGGUCAGUGGCGGCGGAAACGGUGGCGGCAUUGGAGUUGGCUUUGGAAGCGCAGGCGUGAACCAAGGCAUCAUCCAGCAGCAACCGUUGGCGGCCAACAACAGUGGUGCGGCGGUGACGACGGUGACCACCACGACCAGCAGCAGCAGCAGCAGUGCCUCCAACAGGCCCGAAAGUAGAAAGUUUAAAACCUGAGACGACUCCCUGUACAUCACAACUGCCUUUUACCGCGAUCAUGACCAUUACCAUUACCACGCCCCCGUCCUGUACCCCUCGAGUCCGCUGGAACCGCUGGAGCUGGGUCCGCUCGGGGACAUGGCCCCGGCCGGCGCCACCGCCACCGCCAACACCUCGUCAUGUUGCCCAACCGUACUGGCCGCAGUGAGCGCAACGCUGCGAUCCCUCUCCUAUCUCCUGAUCCCCACCACGGUCAUCGGCGCCGGUGGCCACGUGCCCGGAACCGAUGUCGGCGGCGGCGCCACCAGUCCCAAGUGCCGGCAGAGCGUGUGAGUAUGGUCGGAUGUGUUACGUGAAUGUUUGUAGACAGACAGAGAGAGCGAGACGAUUUGUGUUACGUGUUUUUUUGUCCAAUCCAAAGGCUUCCCCGUGUGUGAGAGAGAGAAACAACACGAUUUCCUCAAUGUUUUCGUUUGUUCUGUUUUUCCCACUUCCGGAACAGUCAACAAUUUUCCAAAUUUCGAAAAAAGUUCGAGAUAUUAAAAAGAAACCAUGAUUUUCUAUGGUUACGCAAUGUUUGUUUACUUUUAACAAAAAAAAUCGAUCUGUCAAAACGAGAUUUCAACACUGAUAAAAAGAUGGCGCUUUACUUCUUGAUCGAUGAAGAUUGGAAACUACCAUUUAAUAUAUAUAUACACAUACAAACACACAGUAGGCUAGGAGAAUGUGAGGAUAGUGCGCACCAAUAUAACCAAAUCGCGCGUGCGCGCGCGCUCGAUUUGCGCUUUUCGAGUGAGUGUGCGUGAGAGCGCUGUGUGAAGAAUGCGCGUGAGCGAUUGAGUGAGUAAGUGUGCGUGAACUCUUGUUUCCUUCACAUUUUUGGCUGAUUUGAUACAGAAAAGCACUGCGGAAAGAAACUACGAAAGCCGGUGUAAUCUUCGUACUUGUUGUAAAUUUUAUUAACAAAGAAAUAAACUAGGAAGCAAAACACUAGACGAAAAUGGCAUUUGAUUUAGCGGAGAGAAAAAUCGUACACUUGAAAACACAACGUUGCGUGGAAUAAAACACCCAAAACAAUAGACUAGAGCCGCCUUCUGAAGGUGGGCGCAGUUUGUAUCGAGGAAAAAAUGUAGAAAACUUUUACUAAAAA